CAUUGACCCUUUAAUCUAGAGCACCACAGUCACGUUCUAUCCCGAGGACGUAAACUGCUUAGUGUAAAAGAAUCGUGUGACGAAACAGACGCAUUGUUCAACAUCAGCGGCAGGGAGUCGGAAAUCAACAUCCACAAUGGCGACGCUGGCUCUGCUAGUAAUAUGUUUAUUAGGCUACGUUGCAUCCCAGGAAGGGCAAGCGCCUAAAGACAUCCUCACGAACAACAAUAACAUGGGGUUUGGCAUGGGAGGGAUGAUGGGUCAGAUGUUCGGGGGAGACGAAGCCGCAACUCGUGAGCACGUUGAAGCGAUGAAGAAAUUCCGCCAGAACAUGAUGGCGAGCUGGGGCAACCCCGAGGAGAUGCAGAAACACCGAGAGCAGAUGAAGAAACACAUCAAGAAGAUCCACGGGUCGCGAACUAGACACCAUCAUAAGUCGAAACAGAGGGGACCCGGCAACUACGGCAUGAUGGGGGGCCCCGGCAUGAUGUGGCGCAACGGCAUGAUGGGAGGCCCUGGCAUGAUGGGAGGCCCUGGCAUGAUGUGGCGUAACGGCAUGAUGGGAGGCCCUGGCAUGAUGAGAGGCCCUGGCAUGAUGUGGCGCAACGGCAUGAUGGGAGGCCCCGGCAUGACGGAACAACAGAGACGAGUGAUGCAGCAGUAUAUGAACAACAUGAUGGGCUAUCCCGCAAAGAACGGUCCAGAAUCAGUAACUCAGCAAGGCUCACCAGUGUUGAAGGAUGUGAAUAAAAUGGUCGCCCCAUAAAUAUAGCAGAACGUGCAGCCAUUGACUGUUCACCGUCUGUAAUUUAAAAUAUCUCACAGACAAGUCAUUAUUAUUUUGUGACAUAUUACAAAAUAAUAAUAAUAAUAAUAAUAAUAAUCUUACAUAUUAUUAACAUUCCACUGUGGCCAGUCGAUUCUACGCUCAGCCACAGACGAAUCCUAUAGUUACCAUUAAAAAAAACCCAUCGCACUCUGGUGUGACAUGAAUAAUACUAAUAAUUUUUUAAAACCACAAAAAACCCACCAGCUGAUAAUAUGGCAUGGUCUGAAAAAAAAAAGUGUGUUUUCGGGAACGUGCCUAAACAUAUGGUUUGAUAGAUAAUUCUUUGUUUAAUUACUGUUAUAUAUAUUUAUAUAUACACACAGUCAAACAAAAAACUAAAUUCACCCCUACGGGUUCAGAUAAAAUGUUACAUAUGUACGCUUUUCAACUGCUUUAAAAUCGAAAAACACAAACUAAUACAUCGAACAUAAUUUUUAGGGUCGGCCUUUUUUUAUUCUAGGUAGGGUCAGGUUCACGGAAACACACAAUGCUUUACUUGUUUGUUGUUGUUAUUUGUUUUGUUUGUUUGUCAAUCGUAUUUGUUUUCAGCUUUUAAACACACUGAUUCAAGUCGUUAUCAUUGUAAACUAAUUAACGUCGAUAUUAAAUAUACACAUACUA